AGACAGAAAUUACUUCCGGGGUAAAAUAAACCAUCACAGACGGAACAAGCUGAUGAUUCGGGUUCUGGGAGUUUAUUACGUAGAACCCGGUGUUAGUUCGGCACCAAACCCAAACGACUCCUGAAAUCACCACUGGAAGGAGUCAGUCGGACAUCAUGAGGGAAGAUGAAGCCAACCAUCCUGCUUCUUCUGUUGGUCCUUCUCGCCGCAGCAGGGCUAAACCGAGCCCAGUUCAAGACCUCUCACCUGGAUCUGUCCGGGAUCCUCCCGAGCCUCAGCCGACCGGCCAACCACAGCCGGAUCUUCUACGCUGUGAUGUUUGACGCGGGGAGCACGGGGACGCGUAUCCACGUCUACACCUUCAUCCAGAGCUACUCAGAGCAGCUGCCUGUUUUGGACAAUGAGAUGUUCCAUUCCAUAAAGCCGGGUUUGUCAGCAUACGCCGACUACCCUGAAACGGCCGGUGAAACAGUAAGGAUGCUGUUGAAGGUGGCCAAAAAAACAGUUCCUCGUGUGGACUGGAAGAGAACUCCUCUGGUCCUCAGAGCCACGGCUGGACUUCGCCUGCUGCCUGCGGCCAAAGCCCAGGCACUUCUGGACCAGGUUCAACAUGUGUUUGACGAAUCCCCGUUUUUGGUGCCAGACAACGGCGUCAGCAUUAUGAACGGCACAAACGAAGGCAUUCUGGCUUGGAUUUCUCUGAACUUUCUAACAGGUCAUCUGAACUCACACGCCAAGAACACUGUGGGAAUCCUGGAUUUGGGAGGAGGGUCCACACAGAUCACGUUCCUGCCCAAUCUGAAGAAAACAAUUGAGAGUGCUCCCAAGGAGGACUAUGUUGCCAGAUUUGAUUUCCUCAACUCAACGUUUGAACUGUACACUCACAGUUAUCUUGGAAAUGGACUAAUGGCUGCCCGACUCGCCACUCUGGGUGCUCUGGGCGCGGAAGGGUUGGAGUGGCAGGUUUUUAAAAGUUCCUGCCUGCCGAGUAAGUUCAGGGAUGAUUGGAGCUUCGGAGGUCUUACCUACCAAGUGAGCGGAGACCCAGAUGGUCACGCAGGAUACAAGCUUUGCUAUCAGGAGGUACUUAAAGUGGUGAAGGGGAUUAUUCAUCAGCCAUACGAGCUCCAAGACAGCAAUGUGUUCUACGCGUUCUCCUAUUACUUUGACAGAGCCGUGGAUGCAGGCCUUAUCAAUAAUGUCCAAGGAGGAAUGCUGCAGGUCAGAGACUUUAAGAAGAGAGCUAAAGAGGUGUGCAAUAAGAUGACCAAGUACCCGCCUGACAGUCCUUUCCUGUGCAUGGACCUGACCUACAUCACUUGUCUGCUAAAGGACGGCUUUGGCUUCAAGGACAGCACUGUCUUGCAGUUAACCAAGAAAGUGAAGAAUGUUGAGGCUAGCUGGGCUCUAGGUGCCAUGUUGGACCACUUUCACAACCUGAAGAUCCACUAAGGAGCAGUGAAGAACAAACGGCGGCUGACCUAUAUGGUGCUCACCUUCAGACACAUUCAAUCUUUACCAUCUUUUCUAAACGCGUACGUCUGCCAGCAGCUGACAGAAAUAACUUUGUAUUAAAUUUGAACAGACUUUAAGAAGCUAUAUCUCUCAGGUGUCAAUAUAUUCUGCUGUAAAUCUGUAAAGUAUUGCAUUAGCGAGAGCCGGUGAAGCACUGGAGGCUGAAUAAAAGAUGUCAUCUGAAACUG